AGCUGUCGUACAAAUACCCUCCUUUUCGCUUAUUGCUUUUUUACCUUGAAGCAGAAAGACAUCUAGACCUAUCUUCUCCCUUACUAUAGUUUCACAGUCCCAAGGAGCAAUGGACCGUUCCAAGAAACCAUCCGCCAUUGGAGUAAGCCCGUCGCUCCCUCAACCCACCAUCAGCUUCGUGGGGAACGAGGUUGAAGCAAAACUUCCCAAGGGAGGAUCUGUCACCGUCAAUCUCUUCGGUGCAACGGUGACUUCCUGGAAGCUUCCCUCGGGAAAGGAGCAGCUGUUUUUGAGUGAGAAGGCACAUCUGGAUGGCUCCAAGCCCGUUCGCGGUGGCAUUCCUCUCGUGUUCCCGGUAUUCGGCGCUCCACCUAAAGAUCAUGCUACUUCCUCCCUCCCACAACAUGGAUUUGCGCGAAACUCAAAGUGGGAAUUUCUUGGAAAGUCAUCUUCGGAGUCGCUAGAAAGAAGCAAAAGCAGCGAUGAAACAGUAAAACUCGAUUUCGGCCUCUCACACACCAUGCUGAGUGAGGACUUCCAGAAGGCAUGGUCAUAUGAAUUUGAACUCGUCUACAGCGUCAUCCUCUCGGGAGCUAGUCUGGAGACGCAGCUGCAGGUAAACAACAAGAGCAGCAAGAGUUUCGAAUUCCAGGUCCUGACACACACAUAUUUAAGGAUAGAGGAUAUCUCGAAAAUCCGCAUCGGAAACCUCCAAUCAAAGACAUACGUUGACAAGACGCAAAAUGCUACCACACAUAUUGAAAAAUCUCCGGCCCUGGCUAUCACUCAAGAGACGGAUCGCGUUUACCAGGGUCUAGAACCAAACGUUCCCGUCGUGGUCUCUUCUACAGACGGCAAGACUCUCUUCUCGAUAAGCCGGAUGGAUCUGAACGACACUGUGAUCUGGAACCCUUGGGCCGAGAAGGCCAAAGGGAUGGCCGAUUUCGCCCCAGACGACGCUUACAAGAACAUGGUCUGCGUCGAGUCCGGAUCUGUCAGUACCUGGCAGUCAUUGGAGGCAGGGGAAUUCUGGGUUGGCGGACAGACUAUUAAAGCGUCACUGGAAGCUUAAGCCUCUUUCUUGAUCUUUUCCGACUAAUGUCCUUGUUUUCAGGUGGUGUCAAUCCAGGUAUGCUAUACAGAGUAGUAGAAGAGAAAUAAGGUAGAUGUUAAAUGGAAGGAAUCGUCCGUGGAGUAUCUAUCGCACUUCACCACCACCCAGCAUGGGAAUAUAUCUCUCUAUUGAGAUGGUUUCCACACAACAGAGACAGACAUUAAUAACAGCUAUACGGAGA